CUCCACCUCGUGAGGCCAUUUAGCAACAGAUGAGCAUGUGUGCUCAUUUCUUGCAGCCACGGUCCAGCAUCGCCGUCUAUCGGGCGGACUGAAGGAAUUCUCCCCAGCUGUGUGUGAUGUUCGUCAGGGUUUUCGUUGCAUCGUAACUGGCGGCUCAACCCGCUCCAUCCACCGUGCUGGGGUUGGUGUUUUGUUUUUAAGUUUUUUAGUUUUCUUUUUUUUUUUUUUUUUUUUUACUGGACUUUGUCGCCGUUAUGGAUGCGCUGUGGAUGGUCUCGCCGCUGCUGCUGGUCCCGCUCCUGCUGUGGACGAGCAGCACGUUCGCUUUCUAUUUCAAAAAGUUCUUCUACGUGGCCUGGAUGAUGUUCUUGGCCCUGCUGGCGAUCCCCAUGAGUGUGGUGAAAAGCGGAGGCAGGGACAUCGAGAACAUGAGGAUCAUCCGCUUCCUGGUUCGGCACGUCAAAUACUUGUUAGGACUCCAAAUAGAAGUGAGCGGUCAGGAACAUCUGCAGUUACAGGGUCCCUAUGUCAUCAUCUCCAACCACCAAAGCUCCCUGGAUGUUUUGGGCAUGAUGGAGAUCUUACCCGACCGCUGCACCACGAUCGCCAAGAAAGAGCUCAUCUACGCCGGCACGGUGGGUCUCAUCUGCUGGCUGGGCGGCAUCGUCUUCAUCAACCGUAAGAAGACGAGCGACGCCAAAAACGUCAUGUGCGAUGCCGCCAAAACCAUGCUGGAGGACCAGAUUCGACUGUGGGUGUUCCCAGAGGGGACGCGCAACCAGCAAGGGGACCUGCUGCCCUUCAAAAAAGGUGCUUUCCACCUGGCAGUGCAGGCGCAAGUUCCCAUCAUACCCGUCGUUUUCUCCUCCUACAACAGCUUCUACCAUCGGAAAGAAAAGCAGUUCAACUCAGGGACCAUCAGGUUGAAGAUCCUCCCAAAGAUCGAGACGAAGGGGAUGAGCUCGGACGACGUGUCCUCUCUGGCCGACAAAUCCUACCAGGUGAUGCGCUCCGCCUUCCUGGAAAUCUCUGACUCCGUCACCCAGAGCAACGGGCCCACACGGCACUGAGGAUUUGCCACAGUCCCGCCCCCAACCCCCCCUCCUCCUCCUCCUCCUCCAGGUCGGCACGUCCUCCUAGCCAAGAAACAGCGCGACACAUCUUCUUGUCAAGUUGACGCCUGGUGCAGUCGGCCUGAACUCAACACUACGGUGUGUCCUGACCUUCUGCGGUGCUCCGCUCGCCGCAGGCGGAGUGACGGACCGCCAGCUCAGCAGUGUGGCUGUGUGUCGUUCAUGCACGCCUUUUGGGGUGGCGCCCUCAUCCCUGCUUUUGAGCCUGGCCUUUGGAAAGCCUGGCGCCGUUUUCUUCCUUUUCGUCUGCUUCGUGUUGAGCAGAUUCCCCUCAGCAGGUAUUUCUGUGUUCGUCUCACGCCGCCUUGGGUUCCCUCAUCUCUGGCUGCUCGUGUGUGGAUCCAUAGAAGCACAGCAUCUUCCUUCUUCAUUUCCCCGUCCUUUUUGUUGCUUCGUCUUCGUCUCGGUUUCUAAAGCCGAAGGUUGUGGAGGUAAAAGGCGGUCGACCGCUUUUGUCUGCAUUCGUUUUACGUAGGCGGUUCAGCGUGACGACCAGCAGCUCCAUGGCGUCUGGGGGCGAAUUAACCAAACCGUUUGUGCUGUCAGUCUUUCUUUUGUUUACUUUUCCAAAAAACAACACAAUUUGCAAAAAUAGUUCUCUGUCGUAGAUUUAUUAUUUUAUUUGUUCUUUUUUUCAUGAAAGUUCUUUUUUAUGUGAAUUUCUUUUGCUUUUGAGAAGCUUUAGUUUCAUAGGAAAGACCUCAGAGAUGAAGAUGUGUCAAAAAAAAAAGAAACUGCUGACUUCAGCAUUAAUGUUCCAAAGUGCGAGCUACCUGCUGUGCCAUGAAGAGAACCCUCUCUGUGAGCCAAUGACGGCGUCUGGGAUCACUCGCUCACCUUUGUACCAACGAUUAAAGGCAGAUCUGCCGUAGGUUUUGAUUGUUUUUCUGUUGAGAUUAACUGAAAGAUUUUUGCUCAUGACCGACCAAUCCGACUCCUAAGAAGAGUUUGAUCCCAAGAAUUUCUUUGACUUACUUAAGUAAUGAAUUCUCCCAGAUUUUAGAAGAAGGAAGUGAUCUUUUUUGUUGUUUCAGAAACUCUGGCCUUAAAUUUGUUGGUUUUGCCGCUGCUGUACUUUGAAUUGUUGGCUUAAUUUAUGUUCGGUACUGACAAUAACUCCUCAACUCGCAGGAGCUUUUUUCUUUGUUUUUCCCCAUUAGUCUUACAUUUUUGGUCUUAAUUUUUUGCUCACUGCCUUGAACACUUUCCCCUGUUUUGCCCUCAAAGCACUACCUGAGAAUGUAAUUCAGCGUUCAAGAGAUUUUCUUUGUUACAGCCGUUUGUUUCUUUCGUUGUUGACAGCAUCAUAGCUGCUGCUUGAUUUAAAACGUGUUGAUUUCUGGUGUAGAUGCUAAUCUCAUGCUACGUUCACACUGGGCUCAGACACGUGCGUUCAGGUGACCACUUCCACAGAAAAGUCCAAAGCGAGGUUCGUGCUGACUCGCGUUUGAGCGACCAUGUUCCUCCGCUGGGAAUGCGACAGUAGUUUCAGUAAAUCCAAAUGAAUCACCCACCCCCCCUUUUCAUUUUACAUCUCUGCUCACAGAUUCUGAAUGUCUAAAAGCACUCGACCAAAUCAGUGUCUGCCCCCCAAAAAAAGCAGCAAAUGUCACAUGUGCUCAGUGUUUUCAAUUCAUUUCCUGUUGAUUUCAUGAUGGUUGCUUACUUUAAAUGUGUGAUUUGUGUAACCAGCAGGCUUUACAACCCCCCCACCCCCACCCCUGCCUGUUGACCUUCAGGCAGAUGGAGGGGGAAAAAUAAUUCAAAGUAUUCUUAACUUUAUUUAAGCACUUUUUUGUGGCAAAGUUCAGAUGUGAGGAUUUUUCACCAAAGUGUGAUUUGGAUGCUUACAUCCUGCUGAGCGCUGUUGUGUGUGCUUGUGUGUGCGUGCGUGCGUGCGUGAGUGAGUGAGUGAAUGAGGUCCUUUGCUGUGUGUAAAAAUACACAGCUGGUCUAGAUGCCCAUUCUAGUAUCAGGUUAAUAUUGACAAUAUAGUGGUCUUGAUUUCACCUGUUCUGGGUAAAUGUGAAUGCCUGGCAUUACCAGAAAUAAAAAGAAUAUCUCUCUUUUUA